AUGUCCUCGCCUUCUUGGCCAUCACUAUACAAUCCAGCUGGUGAAAUCAAUCCUAAUAGUGAAGCCUCCGGAAUAUACAUUUACGAUUCUAAUGAGGUGUUCAGGUUCACGCUUAUCUGGAAUCUCGUCCUCUACACGCCCAUCUUCGUUGUCUGCGGCGUCUACGCAUUCCUCAACCUCUCAUUCCCACCUUCUCGAGGAAACAGCGUCGCAGAGGACGACUCGCAUUCGACUUCAUAUCCCCUCUCGCCACUCUCGCCCAUUUCCCCCUCGUACAGAACUUCGCUUCUCAAACAGCAGCAAGCUACCGUUAAACCGCCGAAACCCAAUGAACGGCGAUCGAGGUUGACAUUCGCGCUGUUGGUGCUGCUGGCGUUUAUCACACUCAGUGUCGCUGGAGCAGUCAUUGGGGCCGCUGUGGUUGGGUACAUCCUCGCUGGGCUUUUCAAUGCCGGUAAUUUUAAUAUGUCCACAUGGGUGCCGUUCCUAUGGGUGGUAAUCCAGAUAUUGAUUGGCCUACUCAGCCUGCAAUCAUCCAUUAUUGAUAUUAUUUGA